AAAACUCUUGUCAUUUAGUUAGUUGGAGUAUUUCAUUUCUUCUCCUCAAGCUUUAAUUUCUCUAGCAGAAAAAAAUAAUGGUUCUCAAAAAUGAACAUACCUAUGACAGAAGAAGUGAAUUAAUAGCUUUUGAUAACACACAAGCUGGUGUUAAAGGACUAGUUGAUGCAGGAGUUAAGAAAGUACCAAAAAUUUUCUACACACCACAAGAUGCAUAUUCAAAUGAUCCUGAAAAAAACCAAUUCAGUAUUCCUGUUAUAGACUUAGAUGGCAUAAGUAAAGAUCCAAUUCAACAUAAGGAAAUCAUCGAAAAAAUACGCGAUGCAUCGGAAGUGUGGGGUUUUUUUCAAGUGGUAAACCAUGGAAUUUCUCAAAGUGUUUUGGAAGAAAUGUUGAAUGGUGUUAGGAGAUUCUAUGAGCAAGAUACUGAGGUGAAGAAACAAUGGUACACGCGGGAUACCUCGAAAAAAGUUGUGUAUAAUAGCAAUUUUGAUCUGUUUAAGUCUGCAUCAGCUUACUGGAGGGAUACUACUUAUUGUAAUAUGGCUCCACUCCCUCCUUCUGCUGAUGAAUUGCCAGACGCUUGCAGGGAUAUUCUGAUUGAGUACACGGAGCAAGUGAAGAAGUUAGGUCGUUCUUUGUUUGAAUUACUCUCUGAAGCGCUUGGUCUCAACCCGAGCUAUCUGAAUGACAUUGGUUGUUCAGAGGGGCUUGCUGUUUUGUAUCAUUGUUAUCCAGCAUCCCCUGAGCCAGAGCUAACUCUUGGAGCUGGAAAGCAUUCAGACAGUGACUUCCUCACAGUGCUGCUACAAGAUCAUUUAGGAGGCCUUCAGGUUAUUCAUAAGAAUUACUGGGUUGAUAUUCCUCCUGUCUCUGGUGCACUAGUAGUAAAUGUUGGUGAACUUUUACAGCUCAUAUCAAAUGACAAGUUGAAGAGCAUUGCACACAGAGUACUGGCAAGCGGUGUUGGUCCAAGAGUAUCGGUGGCCAGUUUCUUUACCACGGGUCAUUCGUUAUCAUCAAGAGUUUAUGGACCAAUUAAGGAGUUGUUAUCAAAAGAUAAUCCCGCGAGGUAUAGGGAAACUAGUGUGAAGGACUAUGCAGAUCAUUAUAAUGCAACAGGGAUAGGAGGGAAAUCUGCUUUGUCAGAUUUUAGGAUAUGAAACGAUUGUUAGUCUGCAACUGUUUGAUCCUACAAUCAGUUAUAUAUGUAACUAUUGUACUGAAUUAAGUGUUAUGAACCAAGUCCAACCCAAUAGGAAUACCAAGAUCACACAAAUAGUUGUUGGGCUGGCAAGACCUAUUGGGCCGAGAACAAGCAAUUGGGCCAGACUAUGUUUGGGAUUCGGGUUGAUAAAUACGACUUGGGAGAGCAAAUUGGACUUAUGCAAAUUGUUAAAGAAAAGAGUGUUUCCUCUCAUCCCCUUCUUAGUCUAAGCUUCUCAUCCCCUUCUAUCCAUCUCUGUAAUUUCUGAUCUUCUCCCCCUUUUGAUUACAUUCUGAGUUUCGUUUUAAGGAUCGCUAGUGGUUACUUGCUUGUUGUUUCCAUUUCUCAAUUGUAUUUUGUAUUGUCAACGAUUAUAAUAGAUAUCCUCAUUGUGUGGUAA